AUGAAUGUCCGUACACCACGCCGGAGAGCUAAACUCCUUCUUGCAUUCAUCUGUGUGCUUGCCAUCGCGCCGACUCAGUCGUCAGCAUGGUCCUUCUCGUCGCGCUUUGGAGGUGACGACGACGAUAAAUCGAGUUCAGAUGCAAAGAGCAACACGCAGACCGAAACGCAAGAUCAAGCGAAGCAAGAGGCCGACGAUCUCUCGGAUGGUACUGACAUUAACGUGACGCAGCCUCUCCUCAAACCGGAAGACUGGUUCAUCACAGAGGAGGGAAUCGUCGCGUCUCGCGGCGGAAUUCCCCGUGACGGACUGCAGACGUACACUACCGGCAAUAAUAUCACGGUCUACACCGUGGCGAAUGAGUUUUUUAGUGCGGUUGUGAAAGAUUUCCGGGCGACGAAGGAGGGCGAUCGUGUAAUGUAUGCGGGAUGGGAUACGUGUAUCAUCCCGUUCGAGGCGGACAUUGACCCCACUGGCUCCAUGACAGGCUUCGACGUCAUGUUCAAGGGAAUUGUCAAGCGAGGUGGGAGCGUCAACAUCUUGUCGUGGUCGAAUUACCUGCUGACGGCACAGAAUGUCAAGGCUCGGAAUGCUAUCAACAAGAUUCCUCCGUCUCCUAUUAACGGAGCCAAGGCCGUGUACCUCUUCGACGACCGAGUCCCUAUUUUAUCCUCGUCUCAACACCAGAAGACGAUCGUCAUCGCAGUAAACAAGUCUACAGGAGAGGAUGAGCAUCCUAUUGCGUACGUCGGGGGUAUCGACCUUACCAAUGAUCGCUGGGAUACCAUCUACCACAAUAAUACGGCCAUACGGGAAGCUGCCAACAUUCCUUUUCGGAACAAAGGCUGGGUAGACGCUCACUUCCGCAUCCACGGACCGGCAGCGAAAGAAGUGGCCAAUAAUUUUCUUCAGCGAUGGAACUCCGACUACAAGCCGAAUCGAGGGCUGGAAGGUCAUCUGCGUACUUUCGACAACCCCGACUAUGACAAGCUACCACCGAUCGAUUAUGCCAGCAGCAAUACUUCGUCAAAACUCGGCAACCAGAACAUCCAGAUCGUGCGAACUUUCAGCUGCAUCUACAAGCACUACAAAGAGUUUGCCCCCCGUGGCGAACAGUCUCUCUUCAGGGCUCGUAUCAAGGCGCUAAAGAACGCUCAAAACUUCAUCUACAUUGAGGAUCAGUACUUCAUCUACGUACCAGAACUCCUGAAAGCAGUUAUGGAGGUUUUGCCCAGAAUUCAGCGCCUCGUUGUGGUUCUUCAGCCUCCCGAUGCUCUGCUCAAGGCGUCAGGAUACGGGAAGUAUAUCUAUGAAAUGAUCCACCCAAUGAAGAAGAAAUUUCCUAACAAGGUCCAGAUCUACACCACCAAAUCCGAACUCGACAUCUACGUCCACACCAAACUCGUGCUCAUCGACGACGUCUACGUAUCAUUAGGCUCAGCGAACUGGAACCGCCGUAGUAUGACGUCCGACUCGGAACUCAACGCGAACGUGAUUGAUGAUGAAACCGUAGAGUCACCGGAUGGUAUCACAGUUCUGAAGCUGGCUCGCGAUGUGCGUAUUCGAAAGUUCGUCGAGAUGACGGGACUGAGCUACGAGAAGCUGGACGCGAUGAAGUUCAUUGACGCAGCUGACGAAUUUAAGGUGGCUGCGAAAAGUGACUCGACUAUUCUAACGGACUUUGGCGUCAAGUACAGCGUCUACUACGAGACGUUCAUCAGCAAGUUCCGGGAACAGGUGGAUCCGCAGGAAGUGUGCAGCUUUUCGGACUCUGGUUCCAUGCGGGAUCUUCAGUAG